CGGUUUCUUAUUAACCGUAAACCGGAAAUUGGGAGCCACGUAAAUUAGGGUCGCCUUCUUCCUCUUCUCGACAUCGGAAGAAUCUUCUUCAGUGCCGAGAAAAAAAAAAAAUGGCUGCAAUCAGAACGAUGACGAACAUGAUUCUACGCGAGUUUAUUCAUCAUCCACUUCUCCUUCACUCUUCAUCGAAAUCGUGUCAAUCUCUUUUGCCAUGUCUCCGUCUCACUCCCCUAAUUGCUCCAUUUCACUCUAAUUCCCGAUUUGGAUCCAUCCGAUGUGCGGCGUCUACCUCCGGUGGAAGCAAUGGUGAUCGUAAAGUCUCUUCACGGUUGUCGCAGGUUCAACAGAUGCUUCAUGAAGCUGAAGAGAGAGCUAAUUCCGCUGGCAAUGAACCUACUCCUCAAAUCACUCUUGACCAUGUUACACUUAACUUUGCUAGAAGUGGUGGUCCUGGAGGCCAGAAUGUGAACAAAUUGAAUACCAAAGUAGAUAUGCGCUUCACUGUGAAGAACGCGUACUGGCUAAGUGACAGGAUCAGAGAGAAAAUCAUACAAAUGGAGAAGAAUCGGAUCAACAAGGACGGUGAACUUGUGAUAUCUUCAACCAAAACCAGAACGCAGAAAGGCAAUAUCGACGAUGCACUUGAAAAACUACAGGCGAUAAUUGAUGCGGCUUCGUAUGUUCCACCUCCACCAUCAGAAGAACAGAAGAAAAAAAUUGUAAAGAUGGCUGAGAAAGCUGACAAUAAACGACUUAAAAGCAAAAAAGUUCUUUCAGACAAGAAAUCUUCGAGAAGAAGCCGUGGUAGUUACGAUGAUUAAACUUAAACCAUACAAUGGAGUCCAGGUUGAUUCUAUGCUUUUAACUUAGAUGAUUAUGUCAUUUUCUUGGAAUUUAAUGUAACACAACAAUCAGAUCUUCCAAUAAAAACUGCAGUAUAUU